UGGAGAAGCACAUGACAGAACAAAAGAAAAAGAAGAGAUGAGUAAAAGGAGGUUUAAUGACGAGGAAAAGCUUCUUGAGGAAAAGGCUGGUGAAAUUCUGAGACAAAGAGAUGAAAUGGAAGAAAUCAAAUAUGAGUUACAGACUGAAAAGACUAAAAUGAAUCAACAGCAGCAAAGACUGGAGGAGAUUACAAGAGCUGUGAAUGAGGAGAGGAGAGAUCUGGAGAACAUGAGGAAUGAAUGUGAAAAAUACAGACAACAAAUGGAAGAAGAGAUAAGAAGUGUUACUGAAGAAACAAACAGACGAAAAGAAGAUCUUGAAAGAAUGUACACAGACAUAAAUGAACAAAAACAAGAGUUGAGAAAACACAGAGAGAUUCUAGAGCAGGAGAGAGAAGAAAUGAAUAAUAAAUGGAUACAGUUACAGCAGAGAAUUGAUGAAUUUGAUACUCAAGUCAGACAACAGAAGGGAAAGCAUUUAAUGAGACAGGAGAAAAUGGAAGAAGAAAGAAAAGGUCUAGAAGAGACCAGAGUCAAAAUUCUGGAGCUGGAAACUAAAGCUGAGCAGGAACGUCAAGACAUAAACCAAAAAACACAAGAGUUGAAUGCACUGCAAAAACAUAUUAUGAAAGAAAAAGAGAAAUAUGAAGACAUGAGAGUAAAAGCACAGAUAGACAGAAAAGAACUUGAUCAAAUUAAGAGGGAACUUGAACAAGAGAAAACUGAAAUGGAUAAUGACAGAAAGAUGAUGGAACAGGAAAGAAAAGAGCUGCAUAAGAUGAGGUCAGACAUAAUGACAGAAAGAGAGCAAAUGGAAGAAAUGAGAGAAGCAAUCAAACUAGAGAGGGCCACACUUGACCAGAAAAUACAAGAGACUGAUCUAGAAAAGGAUGAAAUUGAAAAGAACAAAGAAAUAGUUCAGAAAUUAAUGGAUAAAGUAGAAGAGCAGAGAAAUCAUAUUAAACUCCAGAAAGAAGAACUUGACCUUGAAAGACGGAAGAUCACUGAUGAAAAAUAUCUUAUAGAUCAACAUAAGAUUGAACUUCAAAAAGAAAGUGAACAGAUCAGAUACAUGGAGGAAGAAAUAAAGAAGGAGAAAGAAACACUGAAGGAAAUGCAAACUCAUCUACAAAAGGAAAAGGAAGAAAUUGAGAGUGUCGCUGAAGAAACAAACAGACGAAAAGAUGAUCUGGAAAGAAUGAACACAGACAUAAAUGAACAAAAACAAGAGUUGAAGAACUGCAGAGCCCUUCUAGAACAAGAAAGGGAAGAAAUAAACCAAAAAUGGACAGAUUUACAACAGAGAAUUGAUGAAUUUGAUGCUGAAGUCAACAAACACACGGAAGAUCGGCUAAUAGAACAAAAGGAAAAAGAUGAAGAAAGAAAAAGUCUAGAACAGACCAAAGUCAAGAUCCUGGAUCUGAAGAAUAAAGCUGACCAGGAACAUCAUGAUGUACACCUAAAAAUACAAGAGUUAAACACACUGCAAGUACAGAUUAUUAACGAAAAAGAGCAACUUCAAGAAAUCAGAAGCAAAACUUUGGAUGAAACAGCCAUACUUGAGAUGAGAGCUGCUGAGAUAAUACAACAACAACAAACACUGGAUGAGAAUCUGAAAAGGAUGAGAUAUGAGAAGAAUGAACUUCAUAUGAUGCAAAAGGAACUUCAGGCUGAAAGACAACAAAUGGAAGAGGAAAUAAAUACAAAAACUAGUGAACUAAUCAGAGAACAACAAGAAAAUGAAAUAUACAAGAACAUGACAAACAAAUUAACAGAAGAGAUGAACUUCAUGAAAGCUAAACUAGCUGCACAACAAGAAGAAAUGCGCGUUGAAAAAGAAAAAUUUAAUGAAGAGAGAAAAGAAUUUGAGCAAUUAAAGAUUGAUAUAGAAAGAGAGAAUCAAGAACUCUGUAAUAAUAAAGACAUCAUAAAUAAACUAAAAGAAGAACUUCAUCUGGCAAAGGAGAGGAUGGAUAUGAACAGUAAGCAGUUUCAAUUACAGAUACAUACAGAAAAAGAGAUGAUUUCUAAAAUGAAGGCCCAGCUUCAAAGUGGGAAAGAUGAAUUUGACCAUAGCCGAGAAAAAAUGAGAAGGAAAACAGAAGAAAUGGAAAAAGAAUGGGCAGCAAUAGAAGCAGAAAAACAAAUUCUACAACAAAACAGCAAUGAAAUCUUGAGAGAAAGGGAAGACAUGAAGAAGGAAAAAGAGUGCAUUUUGAAAAAGAAAGAUGAACUGGAACAGCUUCAGGCAGAAAUCCUGAAACAAAGAAAUGAAUGUGAAAACAUUACAACAGAUACAUAUAUGCUUGAAAUGUUAAGAACUGAGUUAGAUCAUAAGCAGCAGAAGAUGGAAGACGACAGGAAGGUGAUGGAACAGGAAAGAAAAGACUUGGAGAGGAUGAAGUUUGAAAUAAUGACGCAAAAAAUGCAAAUGGAGAAAGAACUGCAAAAGGAAAUCAAAUCAGAGAGAGCGGAAAAGGUCCAGAAAACACAAGAGACUGAUUUAGAAAAGAUGAGAUUGAAAAGAAGAAAGAAAUAGUUCAGAAACUAAGUGAUGAGGUGGAGGAAGAGAGAGAUUAUCUAAAACGUCAAAAAGAAGAAACCAAAUUUGAAAGUCAAAAGAUGACAACUGAAAAAGAUACUCUCACUCAAAUUAAGACUGAACUGCAAAGAAAA